AAAAUAGCUUCACUUCCGCAUUAACUGUGUCCGUGCAACUGCACACCACUACAAUGAGGCUUGCAGUGGCAGUCAGUGCCCGGGCUCUAAAAUGUUUACCGAAGAUGUUUUCUCCAGUUGCUUUACUGAAAGGCUUCAGAAUACACACAGUCUGCCGGUACACAUGUCAUGUGACACCACGGACUCUUUCUGCGUGUACCAAUAUCACGCUCUUGAGAACACACCAACCGAUUUCAUCAUUAACAUGCAGAACGUCAGGAUAUGUAUUACCAAACACAAGAACAUUCGCUUCCAUGCCUCUACCGCCCUCACCUGGUGACAAGAAGUCUGGUAACAAGAAGACUGAGCCAGUGACUUGGAAAUCCUUAGUAGUAACAUUUGCCAUUGGUGGAACUCUGCUUGCAGCCAUGAAAAUAUUCAAGAAAGAAAAAGAAGACUCAAUAGAGCGAGAAAGGACAAAGUCAUUGGGGAAGCCGGCUCUGGGAGGUCCAUUCUCUCUCAUCGACCACAACAACAAGCCAUGCAAGAGUGAGGAUUUUUUGGGCCAGUGGGUCCUACUCUACUUCGGCUUCACUCAUUGUCCAGACAUUUGUCCAGAUGAAAUUGAGAAAAUGAUUGAGGUUGUGGAUGAAAUCGACAGGAUAAAGUCUCUUCCCAACCUGACACCAAUCCUCAUUACAAUCGAUCCAGAGAGAGAUACUGCAGAGGCUAUGUCAGUGUAUGUGAAAGAAUUUUCUCCAAAGCUCAUUGGUCUAACAGGAGCAACUGCACAAGUUGAUCAGGUUUCUCGAGCCUAUCGAGUGUACUACAGCCAGGGACCAAAAGAUGAGGAUAAUGACUACAUAGUUGAUCACACAAUUAUCAUGUACUUGGUUGGCCCCGACGGUGACUUUGUGGAGUAUUUUGGACAGAACAAGAAGAGUGGGGAGAUUUCAUCUUCCAUUGCAUCACACAUGCGGAAGUAUCGGCAGAAUAAGUAGUACUAUGCUACAUGCACUGUCUUAUUGGAUGAUGGCUCAAAAAUGCACUGCUAUUCGGACACAGGCUGGCUGUGCCUCGAUCGGACUUGGGGUUGCUGGGUUUUUUUUUUUUGCUUUUUUCUAAGAGAUUAAGUAUUUAUGAGCAAUACUUUAUAUUUGUGAAUUCUCAAAGAAACAGUCUUUGAGCAACUAAACAUAUAUUCAUUUGAUUGCAGAAGUCAGUUUUUUGAUUGUUGAGUUUACCAUCAUCUGCUUUUGUUCCACAUUCUUUAAAAUAUAAUAUUUCUUUUCGAUUAAAAGAUAUUGUGAAUUUAAGUGUGUUAAACAGUGAAGCAAAUCACUGCCUUUCUAUUCUACACACACUGCCAACCAUGUAUGACAUUAUGAACACAUUUUCAUAUCGAUCUUUGGCCUGUAAUGAAACAUUUUGAUAUAGGUAUAAGUAUAUAUACUCUUUUGAUCCCGUGAGGGAAAUUUGGUCUCAGCAUUUAUCCCAAU